AUGGAUUGCAACCAGACCCAGCGGUGGCCGGCAGUCUUGAGCAUGUUCAGUUACAUUUUCCUCGGCUACGACUAUAGCGACGGCUGUUGGAGCGGGAUUUUGCGGCCAACCAGGCUUCUGGGCUCAUUGCUCUUUUCCUACCUCUCUCUCCGUGUACCUAUACAGAGGAAACGUGAGGAGCAUGGAACGCACAUGCACAGGUGGUCACUUGUCAAGUUUUAUUUUGUCGGGUUCUCGCGAACGGUACCGAAGACCAGGCGGAUACCCCCUUCUGCUUACACGGCCUAUUGCCCUUGUUCAAGUUCCGAUAUUGCCCUGCAGCACACUUUCAGAGAUGGCCGUUCCCUCGGCGCGUCUAUCCUGCCAGAGGCGAGGUACCAUGGCAAUUAUUGCAUGUACGGAUAUACGAUAGUAGUGCCCGGCCGCAUCAUCUUUCCAGUUUCCCCCUCCCCCCUCUCCGAGUGCACCCUCAAAGACCAUUCGGUAGACUGUGCCAAGGAAGGCUUAGUAGCUGCUUGGUCAAGGGCAUCUUUCUGCGUUCUGCGCAUCGCAUCGCAUCGCAUCGCAUCGCCGGCGGGCCUCACACCUUGGCUACACCCUAGGCUCACCGAUGAUGGCCAGCAGAGAGAGGGGGGGAAGCUUACCUUACCUUGGAUGCUUGGAGAAUCGAGAGGCAAGACUGACGAGAAGGGGGAGUGGGAGUGGGAGUGGGAGGACGUUGCCGCCAUUGCUGCCAUCAGCACCAAGCACCAAGCACCAAGCACCAAGCACAAACACCACCCACUCACCACCAUCCACUCCAUUCGACACCUCCACAAGGCCCGAAUCUUCAGCGGCAGCAAACAUCUUUCUUUCUGCCCUGCCAUCCGAGCUUCGAGAAGAAAGACGACAUUGUUUCCUGCCUUUCCGAGCCGCCCCCAUCUCUCUCUCUCGCGCGCACUCUCUCUGCCUGUCUCGACAUUAGCAACACAAACGCCAGUGUCUGCGCUUCGCGUCCAGUCCAACUACCAUCACCCCUUGUUUGGCUUUGCGUUGCACUGCACUGCCGUGAGGCAUUCCAAUCCAUUCUGUCUGUCUCGUUCUCCCUCUUUCUAUUCAUAUGUCUCUCCAUCAUCCGUCGCCUCCUUCCCGCCCUCCAUAUUUCCUUCUGUUCUCUUCCCGUUCCUUACCAUGUCUCCCGGCAUUUCGAGUCCAACCCCCCGGGGCUUUGAGAGACAAUCCCACCUGGUACCCGCCAGACAUGCCGCCGUGGAUCAGGAACGACAAUUCGCCACCCGGAUGACAUGCGACCAAGCUCCAUCGGCUACUAUGGCAGCCGCAGCUACUGCUGUAGUUGUCACAAGCGCUGAACACCGAUCCAUCUGCCCAGCGGCGCUCCCCGACGUGCAAUCGGUCGCCGCUUUCCUUGACAACGGUUCGCUUCGGUUUACUUCGCACUCAAGGGACCACGCCGUUCGGGGCCAAUGUACCCCGAAGCUCCAGGUACCUGAUCUUGCACUACAGCCACUACAGUCCACCUCCGCUUCCAUCAGCAGAUCCCGUACCCGAUACAACACCAUGUCAUCGUCCCGUCUCCCGCCAUCCUUUCACUCAAGGUUCACUGUCUUGCUUCUUAGAGGCUGGACCGCCCCGGACGACAGCUUGUGCGACUGGAACGGCGGCGACGCCUCCCCCAGGAAAUAG